AUGAAGAUAUUAAUUUUUUUACUAGCUAUAACGUCCGUUGCUAACGCAGGAUUUUUUUCUGCACUUUUGGGAAGUCUUACAGGAAGUGCAUCUACAAAAAGUUCUGUCACUGCACCUGCCGUUUUUGCUGGUCCAGGUGGUGUUGGUUAUGGUAGAGGUGGCCCACCUAUACAAUUAUUGGCAGCUGCUGGGGGUCACGGUCCAAAUCCGUCAUCUUUAGCAGGAUUUGGUGGAGCAUUUGGCGGCGGUGGUCCUUCUUUUGGAUCUUAUUCACAAUCAGGAUAUGCUCAAGGAUUUAAUGGAGGAGGAUCCUCAAACUUUAUAAUUAAGCAAUCUCCUGCAGGUUUUCCAGGAGCAUAUUCUCCAGGCAGUUUCGGUGGAUUCGGUGCUGGUGGGCCAACUCUUUUGUCUGGAGGAUACGGAAAUGGUGGUGCACCGUCAACUAUAAAAUUAAUUCACCAGGGUGGUGGUUAUGGCUCCAGUAGUAGUAGUCAGUCAUCAAACUUUGCCGGACUGUCAGGAGGCUAUGCCCAAUCACAGCCCCAAACAAUUAAACUAAUUCAUCAAAAAGGACAGUCGUCUGGGUUUAAUGGAGGCGGUUUCACAAGUGGAUAUUCUACUUUGAAUAGUGGAAAAACUGUAAAACUAAUAAGUGAUAAUAGCAAUUCCGCAUACUCCAGUAAUGUUGCGUUUCCGUCAGACGGUCCUGGUGUUGGCCCGGCUAAAACUAUAAGAAUUAUUCAUGAAAAACCUUACGGUGGUUCCAGUGCAAGUUUUUCUAAUUCACGUCAAGUGCCAACGACAAUUAAAAUAGUAAAAGAAAAUGGUCCUAGUUAUAGUACAUCUGCUAGUUAUUCUUCAGGAAAUACUCAUGAUUCUGGUGAUAUAAAAACUAUCAAAAUUAUUAAUGAGGCUUCUAGCCAUUUAGAGGGAACUAGUGGUUCAUAUGCUGGUGGCUAUUCCCAUAUUUCAUCCAAUUCCUUUAACGAUGGUCCCACAAAAACUUUGCAUGUAAUCAAAGAACAAGGUGGUUUUGUACCUAGUCCAACAUUUGGUUCUAGUCACAAUGAAGAUGAAAAAACUAUAAAAAUUGUAGAUGAUGGUGCUGCUUCAUUGGGAGGUGGAUAUUCUGUUGGUGGCUCAUAUCCUGGAAAUUCGUAUUCCAAUUCUUAUGAAACAGGUUCAUCUACUGGAUAUUAUGCUGGUGCAUAUAAUGAUGGAAUUACGAAUGGCAAUGGAAAUAAUGAACAAACUAUAAAAGUAAUAAGUGAUGGUUCUCCUUACAAUAGUGAUGCUGCAAUUACAAAUGGAGCUUAUGCUGGAGCUGCUUAUUCAUCAGGUGGUAAUAAUGCUGCUGAACAGACUUUACAAAUAAUUGAUGAAGGUUCUUCAGGCGGAACUUAUAGUGAUGGAUUUGCGAAUGAUUAUUCCUCAGCAGGUAACAGUUAUUCACAAUACUCAAGUAGCAAUUCGCUGUAUUCAGGAGCACCAGUUUCUGAAAAUGGAAUAUCGAGUGGUAUUACAAAUGGUUAUUCUAGUAAUAAUUAUCAUGGAAAUCCAGAAAGUGUAAAAACUAUUCAAGUAAUUCAAGAUAACAAUAUUGAUAGUUCAGGUGGUAGUAGUUACUCCAAUGGAGGCUACGGACAACAAGAGGAUAUUAAAACAAUUAAAAUAAUAAAUGAAGGAGCAGGUAAUGAUAUCAAUGGCAGAUAUCAAAAUCAUCUCAAUAGCUACAACAGCGGUGGAAGUAAUGUUAAAACAAUACAAAUCAUACAUGAAAAUGGAAUUGGAGGCAGUUCUGGUGGUUCUUAUUCGAAUAAUGGUUAUUCAAAUGGAUCCGAUGAUCAUAUUAAAACUAUUCAAAUUUUAGAUGAUAAUUCUAGAUUUAUAAAGAAGAAGUGA